AUGAAGUUCAACAGCGCUAUCGCUCUCUCCUCCCUCCUGGCUCUCGCCGUCGCCCAGGACUCUUCCUCCACUACCAGUGCCGCGACGACCACUGCUAGCUUGUCUCCUCAGGCUUCCUGCGCUACCAAGUGCUCCGCAUCCGACAUCUGCUGCAUCGCCAGCUGCUACAGCGUUCCCUGCCCCGACAACGCCCAAGCCAACGACACCACCAGCUGCGUUGCCGCCUGUCCUCAGGGUUCCGGCUCCCCCAGCGACCAGAAAUCCUACGCCAGUUGCCAGAGCAGCUGCUACAGCAGCUACUUCCUUCCCGCCACUGCCACGGGAGCGUCGGGCUCUUCCGCUACCACUGCCGGCUCCAACGACGCCAGCACCACCAAGAGCGGAAGCUCCUCUUCGUCGACCGGCUCUGGCUCCGACUCCAAGUCCGGCUCCGGAACUAGCACCGCGACUGGUGCUCACGCCAGCAGCACCGAGAACGCCGCUGCUAUUACGCAGCUCAAGCUGGGCGUUUCCGCAGCCGGUGUUCUUGGCUUCGUCUUGGCUGCUUGGGCUCUGUAA